CAUUAGCACCCGGUGAUCGAGGCACAUUACCAACGGAGGGAGAGAACUGUAUGUAAACAAUACAGAUCUCUCCCCUGUCAGCUCCUGCACACUGCUUUGUAUGGCUCUGCAUAGUACAGCAAUACAAAGCAGUGUGCUUACAGUGUAAGGCACACACAGCACACACAGUAAAACGGCACACAGUUAACCCUUUGAUCGCCCUAGAUGUUAUCCUCUUCCCGCCCAUUGCGAUCAGUACAGUGUCAGUGCUUUUUAUUCACACUGAUCACUGUAUUGGUGUCCCUGGGGAUGUCAGUGACACCAAGUCAGUUCCCCCCCAGUGUCAGAAUACCUGUCGCAGUCCCACUAUAA